AUGUCUCACACUGCCCACGCCAUCGAGGGGGCGAGGACGUGGACACGCGAUGGAUUCCUGGUAUCGACAGACUCGUCACUGAUCCCCGUGGAAGACCUCAAUAAAGCCUUUGCAUCUGAUACGCUAUACUGGGCUUCACCACUGCCAGGUCCAGUCAUGCGAGACAUGCUGGACAACUGUAUUUGCUUUGGUCUUUACUCGCCGACACCGGCACCGCCUGCGCCUGCGCCCGUGGAUAACGCCAUCUCGGCGUCUACAGCGCCAGACCCAGCAGAGAUUUUGCAUGAAAUUGCUGGACACGUCAAGCCGGCAUCGAGCAGUGAGCCAACGAGCCAUCGGACGCCAUCCAAGGACGUGGAGCAGCAGCGGCGGCAGACCCAGGACCAAGAACAGCCCUCGUUGAUUGGCUUUGCUCGCUUGAUCACCGAUGGGGUCACUUUCGCGUACCUGACGGAUGUGUACACGUUGCCAGAAUGGCAAGGUCAGGGGCUUGGGAAAUGGCUGAUCUCUUGCGUGCAGGAGGUCGUCGAAGACAUGCCCCAUCUGAGGAGGUCCAUGUGUAUCGUUGGCCAUGGGAAAGAGAAGGGUAUAGAGUUUUAUGGGAGCCUGAUGAAGAUGACGCCGCUAACGGAGCCGGCCAUGGUAUUGUCCUGGAAAGGGCCUGCGAACACCUUCUGA